CUGCCCGCCGGGUUGUCUCUCGGCCUGGAGCAUGUUCGCUCGACUCUUUCGCCCGGCCGCGCCGGCGGCCUCCCGGCGCUUCAACCAGCCCUCGCCGCCGGUGGAGCGGUUCAUCGCCAAUGUCGGCGGCCGGCCGACCACGGUGCUGCGGCUGCUGGCGGACGUCGGGCCACGGAGCCCGGUGACGGCGGCCCCCUCAGGCGCGCCGGUUUCCGGCCCGGCGGCGCACGCCACCAUCGAGGAGGUGGUCGGCGGCCCGGCCACCUCCGGCCCGGCGAGCACCUUCGAGUCGGAGGUCCCUGUGCUGGUGGUGAUCCCCGGCAACCCGGGAGUCAUCGAGUACUAUGCGGACUUCAUGCGGGCGGUCUUCUUCCGGAUGAAUGGCCGGAUCGAUGUGUUUGGUGUCGAGCACUUCGGGCACAGUCCCACCACGGCGGACUUCCUGCCGCUGGCGCAAUCGUGUCGGGCCUCGCGGGGGUCCAACCCGACCGGGGGGAACAUCCUGCAGGCGCAAAUUGAGCACCACAUGUGCUUCUUGUCGGAGUUGCGCCGGUGCCGGAACCCCUGGACCCCGCUGUACCUGGCCGGGCAUUCGGUCGGCGCGCACAUUGCCCUGGAGCUGACCAUGGCCGACUUCUCCGUCGGGCCGGACCCCUCGGAGCCGCCGCCGCCCUACUGGAGCCCGAGCAAGAACCCGGCCAGCUUCGAGCCGGGGGCCCCUCCGGCCCGGGCGCCGCUCUCCAUCACCCAUGCCUUCCUCAUGACGCCGACUUUGCGCAAGAUCGGGUCCACUCAGAAUGGCCAAAAUCUGUCGGCGGCCUUCAACCCGGAGGUGAUUGCGGUCCUGGCAAAGGUGGUGACCGUGGCCUCCAUGAUGCCGGCCUUCAUGACGCGUCGGCUUCUGAGCGCCAUGGCCUCGUUGUCCACCCGGAUGGCCGAGGUGACUGCCGACAACUUCAGCGGGCGCGUGGUCAACAAUUGCCUGCACAUGGCCGCCGACGAGAUGGACUUCCUGCAGGAGCUGUCCCCGAAGAAGGUUCUCUUCCUGCACCAGCAUGGGUCGCGUCUGGUGACGUGUUUCUACUCGCCCGGGGAUGAGUGGUGCACGCCGGGGGACGCGGCGCGGCUGGCCUACCUCGUGGGCCUUGACAAUGUGUUUGUCGUCGACCCGAGCGUCAAGCACGCCUUCGUCACCAAUGUCGAGAACACCGCCUUCAUGGCCAAUCGCGUGGCCGUUCGUCUGCACGACAACCUGAUGAACCCCCGGCCGUAUUUCCAGCAAAGCAUGGUUGACGACCGGUCAGGCCUGCCCUCCCACUGGGAUGACGACUUCGAUUGGUCCGACGCCGAUGUGGCCAACAACACGCCACCGCAUGUGCGCCAGGUCCAGUCCGCGGACAAGGGGUUCUGGCUGGGGCAAACGGAUGUCGUCCUCGUUGAGGGAAUCUUGCCGCCGGCUCGGGCAGCCGGGCAACCGGCCGCCGCCGCCGCCGCCGCCGCCGCCACCGCCCCUGCCACCCCCUCCGGGCCUCUCCAUGACGCCGGUCUGAGUGCCAGCCCGACGCGCGCGGAUCCGGGCGACUUGCCCCAGUACCCGUUCCCGGUGCAGGAUGACGAUGAGGACUUUUCUGACGCCCGUUCCUGA